ACAUUUAGAAAUUUGUUACCACCACACCACUCCUCCCCCUUCUUGUUAUUAUUAUCCAACUGCAGUUUGAUUGGAUUUGACGAGGGUUUUCGAGAAGAUGGGGAAAACGAAGAAAGAAUUGUUAGCAUCGGCGCCAUGGCGAGUGGGAGGAGACGAUCAACGAGACAAAUUCAAAGACGCCAAGCUCAAAGUCACGGCCCAGCCAGGCACUACUUCUACUAUGCACGUUCCAGGCAAGAACAAGUCCAAGGACCUUCCUGCUGACGAAGACGAUUCUCUCACAGAAAUCGAUCCUGAACUUCGUUACAGCUUCCAGCGCAAUUUUCAGUUCCUACAGCGGGUAUUCAGCAUUGAUACUGUCGUGAAACCCCUACCUUAUUCGAUGCAGUACAAUGUUUCUCGCAACUUGAGCUUCUUCACGCGCAUCUUCACACAGUUCUCUGAUCCUCAAGGUAUAGCAAAUGCUCAAAAGGCUCUUGGUUUAGGACAAGAAAACAAAGUCCGCAAUGUUCGUUGAUCGAUCAAUCAAUCCUUCAGAUUUUUUUUAGUUGUGUUUGUAUUGAGAUGAUGAUGAUGAUGAUGAUGAAUCAUGUUACAGUUUGAGAUUAUCAUCUGCUUAAGAUUUGUAGGAUGAUUACAGCAAAUGUAUUAUGUUUUGAUGAUUACAGCAAAUGUAUUAUGUUUUGAUGAUUACAAGUUUGAACUUUGAUUAUUUGGCUUUACAACA